AGCGCGGUGACGAUACGACACUUUUGGGUUCUGGGCAACGCUUUCAUUGGAACGUCUUGGUCGUUGAUGAACGGUAUGUUGACGAUCUCCCACUGUCCCGUACUCGAGAAAAUUCGAAACCAAACGACGGAUAGUGUUGUCAGACGGUGCCUGUUUGCCGCGAUAUUUUCGACGAUAUUGUGUUAACACAACUGGACGACGAUCUUCA